AUGACUUCCUAUGUCCUAGUCUCUUGUGUGCCAACCCACAACCCAGCGAGUCUUGUCGGUGAUGAGAGCAAAAUUCGACGGAAUCGCCGGUUCCCCAUUCAACAUGGUUUACCUGCACCGGAUGCUGUGGCCGGUACGGAUGCCUUCUACACUGAUCGCUUGCUGGCCAGUGUCGAGCUUAGCCAGAUGGAGCAUGAACAGGAAGAGAGCGAAGAGGUUAAGGAACUAGAAUCGAGGGCAGGUUUAUCAAAGUCCGACUCGUUACCUUUCUGCGAGACCACGUGGCCUUCGGCCAAGAAGAGUGAAGCCGAGCCGGGGAACUACCAUACCAGUCUGCUGAUGACUUCAGGUAAGUUUCGUUUUUUCGUUAUUUUUGAAAGCAUUUUUGUAUUUGGUUAUAGCCAAAAUAAUCAAAUUGUGCUAGCAAAAUGCAUCACUUCAUGUUGA